CUUGGGAUCACUAAAAAUAGUCACCUUUCAUUAGGCAGAUUGUUCAGAUGGAUUUUGAUGAUAUUCUUGAGUACAUUGGAGACUUUGGAACCUACCAAAAAAGAGUUUACCUUUUGCUUUGUAUUUUAACAAUAUUUCAUGGGAUGAGGAUGGUGGUGAUGGUAUUUAUCCUCUUUGUACCUAAACACAGAUGUCUGAUACCAGGGUAUUUAAAUGAUACUUAUGAAGUGACCACAGCAGAACAUCUAGCAGCUGUAGAGAAAUCCAUUCCACCAGGCAGCUCAUGCUAUGUCUAUCAGCUGGACAACUAUACAAGUAGCGGGCCAACAACUAGUGCAAGCCUGGUCAAAUGUAACCAUUGGGUGUAUGAUCAGUCUAUGAUGUUUUCAACAGUAGCUAGUCAGUUCAACUUGGUUUGUGAUGAAGCUCUGAAAGCCUCUCAUGAGACAAUGAUUUACUACGGUGGAUUUUUGGUCAGUACCUUUGUUAUAGGAACAGUUUCUGACCGUAUUGGACGCAAGCUUUGCUUAUAUUGGUCCUUGACUGUUGCAGUUGUAGCUGGCACACUGUUAGCCUUCACUCAAAGUUUUCUCACCUUUACAGUCCUAAAUUUUAUUGUCGGAGCAGCUACUGCAGGCAUCUUCCCCACAGCUUACGUAAUGGGGAUAGAGCUAGUUGGGCCAUCUAAAAGAUCUCUGACUGGGAUGGUCAUCCAACUGUUUUUCUCCACUGGUGUUGUGCUGUUGUCUGGUCUAGCCUACUUGACCAGGGACUGGAGGCAUCUAGUGCUGUCUAUAACCCUUCCUCUGAUCAUCUACUACUGUUUUUGGGGUUUUAUUCCAGAGUCGACAAGAUGGCAGAUCCAGAAAGGUUACUUCAGGGACGCCCGCCAGACUGUGCUAGCUGUUGCCAGGAUUAAUAAAAGAGAGGUGCCAAUCUCAGUUUUGGAUGCUGUCAUGCCAGAUGUGCCAGGUAGAGUAAACUCUCAAGGUCACAGAGAGAAGGCUAACAAGGUCAAAGGUGGAAGUUUCUUUGAAUUGUUCAGGUACAGGAUUCUCUUCAUUCGAACGUGGAUUAUCUUUUAUAAUUGGUUUGCCAUCAGCCUAUCUUUUUACGGACUCAACUACAACUCCGGUAACCUUGGCGUUGGUUCCAUUUUCUUAAACUUUUCUUUAGCUGGACUGGUGGAGUUUCCAGCCUAUAUUUAUACUCUCUGCACUAUAAACAGGCUAGGGCGUAGGCUUGUACACUUCAGCAUGAUGGCCACUGGUGGGAUGGCCUGCUUGUCUUGUGUUGUCUCCAUCAAGUAUGCUCCAAAAGACUACCAGUGGCUGACUGUGGUUUUAGCAAUGAUUGGCAAGUUGGGUUCUGCAGGUGCAUACAGCACUGUGUACGUGCACUCGACUGAACUCUUCCCCACGGUCAUACGUCAUUCAGCCUUUGGGGCCAGUGCCAGUUGGGCCAGGAUAGGGUCCAUGUUGUCACCAUACAUCGCUGCCAUGGGAGCUAAUGAUAGUGGUAUUUUUGGUCAUGGUCUGCCCCUGUUGAUCUGUGGCUGUGUGAUGCUCAGUGCUGGAUCCUUGGCCCUGCUGCUGCCAGAGACACUCAACAGGAAACUGCCAGAGACCAUCACUGAUGCCAGGCACUUCACCAGGUCAGCCUAUAUGACUGGUGAUGUCAAUAUAGUAACAACAGGAAUGAGUGUGGGUACAGGUGUUGAAUUGGGGACUGAUUCAGACAAUGAUGAGAGGACAGGAACAGACAAUGAUGUGAAGACAGGCAGUGAUGUGAAGACAGGCAGUGAUGUGAAGACAGGCAGUGAUGUGAAGAUGGAGACAAAAACUUGAAGCUGUUAGGCCAUCAACACAUCAAACAUCUGGAUGUUGCUUGAGUUUAUGUGAACCUACCUCAGACAUGA